UAAACAUAAAAGAAGGAGAAGCAUUUUACAUAAAGUGAGAAGAGGUUUCUGAUUGGUGGAUGCUUCGCUUCUUCUCUAGGGUAAAGGUCUCAAUAAGACAUUCAAGUUUGAGCACUGUCACCAAGAGAUAAUGCUUUUGACUAAGGUUCUGAGGUCAGGUGUUCAGGCUGGGCUCAGGUUUCAGGGCACAAGUGCUCAAGCUAGUGCCAAAGUUGCUGCUGCCACCUCAAAGCCAAGCCAUGGCGGGUUCAGCUUUGAAUUAACUGACCAACAGAAAGAGUUUCAGGAGUUGGCUAGAAAGUUUGCACGUGAGGAGAUUGUUCCUGCUGCCCCAGGCUAUGAUAAAAGUGGUGAAUACCCAUUUCCUCUCAUUAAGAGAGCGUGGGAGCUGGGUCUAAUGAAUGGUCAUAUUCCUGAGGAUUGCGGUGGAAUGGGUUUGGGUAUAUUUGACGCAUGCCUCAUCACAGAGGAGCUGGCCUAUGGCUGCACUGGAGUGCAGACCGCUAUUGAGGCAAACUCUCUUGGACAAAUGCCAGUCAUUAUUGCUGGUAAUGAUGCUCAGAAGAAGAAAUAUUUGGGCAGAAUGACAGAGGAACCACUAAUGUGUGCAUACUGUGUGACUGAGCCAGGGGCAGGCUCUGAUGUGGCUGGAAUUAUGACCCGGGCUGUUAGAAAAGGAGACGAUUAUGUGAUCAAUGGUCAGAAAAUGUGGAUUACCAAUGGGGGAAAGGCAAACUGGUACUUCCUGCUGGCCCGUACAGAGGCUGAUCCUAAAUACCCUGCUAGCAAGGCUUUUACUGGCUUUAUUGUUGAUGCUGACACCCCAGGACUCCAACCUGGCAGAAAGGAAAUAAACAUGGGCCAGAGAUGCUCCGACACCAGGGGCAUCACCUUUGAAGAUGUAGUUAUUCCAAAGGAGAAUGUAUUGAUUGGAGAAGGAGCUGGUUUUAAGAUUGCCAUGGGUGCAUUUGACAAGACCAGACCACCAGUGGCUGCAGGUGCCACUGGACUAGCACAGAGAGCGCUGGAUGAGGCCACAAAGUACGCUUUGGAAAGAAAGACUUUUGGCAGGCUGAUUGCAGAGCAUCAAGCAGUGUCAUUUAUCCUUGCUGAAAUGGCCAUGAAAGUGGAGCUUGCGAGGAUGGCCUAUCAGAGAUCAGCCUGGGAAGUGGAUAUGGGCCAAAGGAACACGUACUAUGCUUCCAUUGCGAAGGCCUUUGCUGGGGAUAUUGCAAACCAGUGUGCCAGUGAUGCCGUCCAAGUCUUCGGUGGAAACGGUUUUAAUAGUGAAUAUCCUGUGGAGAAGCUGAUGAGAGAUGCUAAGAUUUAUCAGAUUUAUGAAGGAACCGCUCAAAUCCAAAGGCUUAUUAUCUCAAGAGAGCACUUUGCAAAAUACAAACAGUAAAUCUGUACAGCCAACACAUUCAUGCAAGAAGCUAAUGUUUUUGUUUAGAGACUUUUUUUUAAAUGAAAAUGUAUGAUCAAUAGAUGUCAGUAUGAUUGCUAGUUUGUUGGUUGCCUUGUCACAUCAGCAUGCCUUAUGAUAUUUGUGUUCGGAGCAUUGAACAAUUAAUGGUAAACUAAACAAAGUCGUCUUUUUUCUAACGAAUUGUACAUUCAAAAUAAAGUAGCCUGUUCUAAAUUUUCCUCGGUAGCUGAGUUUAAGUCAAGACACCUCCUUUGGUUUCUUCUUGGUUACUCGCAGAAGAUUGAGAGUAGGACUGUGAAAUUUUAGCUCUUUUGAUAUAGCCAAGGUGAACAGUUUCUGCAAAGAUCUUGUAAUGUUUAUGAAUUAAUAUUUUGUAUUGUGGAAUCAAGAUGUCGUCAAGUAAAGCAUUUUAGUAACAAUAUAAUCUGUGCAGAAAAAAGCUGUCAUGCUUUCUUUGCCUUGGCAUGUUUUCACAAUGAAUACAACAAAAUCAAGAAUAAACAUCAAUAUAUCCAGUGCAUUUUAAAUAAAGAUCUGCCCAAAAUUA